AUGGCGACCCCUUUUCAAACUGAGGCCUGGACAGAGUAUGGGCUCGGUGUCUUGAUUAUUCUCCUUCGCAUCUUCGCUAGAUGGAAAAUCGUGGGUUUUAAUUGGCAAGGCGACGAUUAUUUUGCCAUAUUAUGCUUGGUCUUCUGGACUUUGGAGCUUUGCAUGUUGGAGCUUAUAGGCCAGAAUGGAACCAACAUCGGAAUCACGAAUGAUAUAGGUGCGACGUUGACAUCGGAGGAGAUAGCCAAGUUUGAGUUUGGUUCCAAGUGCCUGCUGGCAGGCUGGAACUUUUAUGUAACUCUCAUUUGGUGUCUCAAAGCUUGCAUUUUGUUCUUCUUCAGUCGCAUCACGUUCGUGUUUCCCCCCGUCCUCAAAAAACAACAUUGGUCUCAUCUCUGA